CGAAGAAUUCGUCAAGUUAAUUUCUUAUUUGAAAAUGUUCACUCCUUCUUGACAGUUAGUGCCUUAACUCACAAAAUCCCGAUCCGAAAAAUUUCAAUUUAGAUCAUCUUAGGACAUUACUCGAGUAGAUAAGUAGUAUUCAUGAAUUUAUUCUCAAGGGCAACAUCAAAGGGGCAUGAGAUUAUCUUCAGGCUUCAUUUCCCUAUUAAUAUGGACGCCUUCAUAACGCAUAACAAAUUCAUAUUGCUAUUUGCCCAACGACCGAUCGUCAACAUUGAUUUUUUGCUCGUUUCCAGAGGACGAUAUAAAACUCAACUCAACCCUCUUCUACUGGCCGCAAAACGUGAUUGACGUGCUAGACGUCGCCAACAGUCGCCUGAACGGCCUACGGGAAAACUCUGAGGAGACUUUGAGGGCACGAGUAGCCGCUCUGGAGAAAGCUAUCAACUCAUCUAGUGGAAGCAUCGAACAAAUGCAGAAACGCGAAGUUCUUUCUAAUGACGAGAUUAAUCGGGCCAAUGGCAUGCUGGACGCCUUUGACGCCAUGUUGCAGGGUUUCACGGACGAGGCUGAUGCCAUCAUAAGGUGCGCUGUCGUCUUACCGAAAAUUCGACCCUUUAAUGUGUGGCAGUGGUAG